AUCUCCCAAGAUUCAAAGUGAUAACACGCGCCAGCUAUGCCGAAAUCCCCCCUACACGCCCCGGUUCUCGUUGUCGCGCGGUUCUUGCUUGCCGCGCCUUUUCUGGUAUCGUCGGCCACGACGUUCGUGCUGUUGAACAAUGAAGAGACUCGUGAGCUGGCGGUUGGGCGUGCGGCUCCAACGGUAACGGCGCUGCGGCAACUGGGCGUCGAGCUGCCAGCCCAGUUCCCUGCGGACAAACUGGCAGUGCUGCUGGCGGUCAUGCAAGGCCUGGGCGGCUUCCUCAUGGUCAUGAACCACCACUUUGGCGGCUUCCUGCUGAUGCUUUACCUGCUGCCCACCACGGCGCUGACUCAGCAGUUCUGGGCCGUGGACGCGGCACGCACGGCCGAGCAGCUCGACGUGCUGGGCCGCUUCUUGCAGGGUGUGGGCCUGGCGGGUGGCGUGCUGGCCUUUAUGGCCACCACUGACGGAGUGCCGCUCAAGGUGAAGCGGCCGCAGCUGCACAAGCAGCACACAGACUAGCGGCGAGCCGGGUGCAACGUGGCGUUGAUGGUCUAAGCGUGGCUGGUAUGAUCGGAGGAGCUGCCAGGGUAGGGCCAGGAAGGGGUGUUGAGCCGACGAGGGGGGCGCAUGUAGACUGGGUCGGCAUUGGGGAAGGCGCGUGUUGGCUGACAGGGUGAGUGUAUGCGUGAGUGAUGUGGGAGCACAGGUACAGUGCACGAUGCGGAAUCCUGAGGCGAGUAGGCGACACCGUGGCACCGCGGCGGAGGCAACAGCAUGCCACGGGUCACGCAUCUGCAUGGCUUCUCCCAGAACGAUGCGGGGAAGAUGGUAAGAGCUGGUGCAAAUCUGGUUUGGGCGCCCCGGUUUCCCGAAGUAGGCGGAUUUGAGUUUUCAUUUGCUGCCUAAAUGGGAUCUCUGGAUGACUGCACGGGCUGCCAUUACGCCGCCAGGGACAUCAGCAGCGUGCAGACACAGGAAGUGCGGUGGCAUGUUAUAGUUGUGGGCCA